AUGGUUGCCGUCGCCACUAUGCCCGCCCCCAUCGGGGAGCCCCAGAAGCUGGAGAAGAAGCCCGUCAAGUUCUCCAACUUGCUGUUGGGCGCCGGUCUGAACAUGUUCGAGGUCACCACGCUUGGCCAGCCGCUCGAGGUCGUCAAGACCACCAUGGCUGCCAACCGUGGCGACGGCUUUGGCACUGCCCUGGGCCGCAUCUGGGGUCGUGGUGGUGUCCUUGGUUUCUACCAGGGUCUCAUCCCCUGGGCCUGGAUUGAAGCCUCCACCAAGGGCGCCGUCCUUCUCUUCGUCGCCUCCGAGGCCGAGUACUACGCACGCAACGCUGGUGCCUCCGAGUUUGGUGGUGGUAUCAUCGGUGGUAUCACCGGUGGUGUUGCCCAGGCCUAUGCCACCAUGGGUUUCUGCACUUGCAUGAAGACGGUCGAGAUCACCAAGCACAAGGUUGCCUCCACUGGCGUCCCGCCCCCCAGCACCUUCCAGACCUUCAUGGGUAUCUACCGCAAGGAGGGUAUCAAGGGCAUCAACAAGGGUGUCAACGCCGUCGCCAUCCGUCAGAUGACCAACUGGGGUUCCCGUUUCGGUCUCUCUCGCCUGGCCGAGCAGGGUAUCCGCGACGUAAGAGGCAAGAAGGAGGGCGAGAAGCUCGCCGCUUGGGAGAAGAUUCUUGCUUCCGGUCUCGGUGGUGGUCUGUCCGCCUGGAAUCAGCCUAUUGAGGUCAUCCGUGUCGAGAUGCAGAGCAAGAAGGAGGACCCCAAUCGACCCAAGAAGAUGACGGUCGGAAACACUUUCCGUUACAUUUACUCCACCAACGGUAUCUCUGGUCUCUACCGUGGUGUUGCUCCUCGUAUUGGUCUCGGCGUUUGGCAGACGAUUUGCAUGGUUGCUUUGGGUGAUAUGGCCAAGACUUACGUCGAGAAGCUCACCGGCGACAAGGUCACGGCUAAGCAUUAG